AUGGGUGCCAUUGGUGGCGGUAUCUUUCAUUCAAUCAAAGGUUUUCGAAAUGCACCAGUGGGAUUCAGUAGGAAAAUGCUCGGCAGUUUAGCAGCUGUAAAAGAAAGGUCACCAAUAGUUGGAGGUAAUUUUGCUGUGUGGGGAGGCAUGUUCUCCACUAUUGAUUGUUCAUUAGUAUAUUUAAGACAAAAAGAAGAUCCAUGGAACUCGAUCACAAGUGGAGCACUUACUGCAGGCAUUCUUGCUGCAAGAAAUGGUGUCAGAGCCAUGGCUGGCAGUGCAUUAGUCGGAGGCAUUCUCUUAGCCCUAAUAGAGGGUGUGGGUAUAAUGUUUACGAGAUUAUCAUCAGAGCAGUUCAAACCUCAACAACCUAUAUUUGAAGACCCGUCAAUUUUAGGGCAAAGUCAGGGUCAAGGGCAAAGUUUUCAG